AUGACGAACUUUGCAAUCAAGAUAGUCUCCGACACAGUGUGUCCGUGGUGCUACGUGGGUAAGAAACGCCUUGAAAAAGGCAUUAGCCUGUACAAAGCAGCACAUCCUGAUUCAAAGGAUACUUUCAGCAUCUCUUGGUUCCCAUACUAUCUCAACCCUCAUGCUCCAGAGGUUGGCGUGGACAAGACAGAAUAUCUAAACACUCGUUUUGGUGCUGAACGUGUGAAGAUGAUGCAAGCUCGCCUAGCUCGAGCCGGGCAAGCUGAAGGCAUAAAUUUUAAGCCUGGUGGACGGACAGGAAACACUCGCGACUCGCAUCGAUUGAUUCAGCUGGGGAAAACCAAGGGUGAAGCCGUGCAGACACGAGUUGUCGAGGAGCUGUUUGCAUCGUAUUUUGAAAACGAAGGAGACAUCACUUCUCGCGAUACCCUUACGGCAGCCGGAGUAAAGGCAGGAUUAGAUAAAAGUGAAGUGGAAGCAUGGCUAAAGAGUGAUCAAGGUGGGCCCGAGGUUGACGAAGAAGUUGCAGAGGCGAAACGGGCAUUCAUCUCAGGUGUUCCCAACUUCACUAUCCAGGGAAAGUACCAGAUAGGAGGAGCAGAGGAUCCAGCUACCUUUUUAGAGAUGUUUGAGAGGGUGCGAGCGGAAGAGAUGUAA